AUGGAGGCAUUGCAAACGGCUUGGGUGGCUAGGAAACUCUACUUAAAUUGUGCAAUUGACUUUGGGGUUCUUUUCGUCAAUGUUGCAGGUAGUACCAUAGUGGACUGGGGGGAUGAGGCUUUUGUUGUCACAACUGGACUUGUUGGGCUACUAUGUCAAUGCUUUUCAGCUUGGAGAAUAUGGAUACUGUCCAGAUCGAAGGUCAUGACAGUUUCCGUCCUCAUACUAUCUCUGUUAAGCACGGCAACGACAUUCGCCGGAGCCGCACAUAUAAUAGAAUGGAACAUAUUCGAUUUAAAUUCAGUCUUGGUCAGAGACGUCAACACGAUUUUAUGGACCGCAAGUUCGGCUCUCUGCGAUACCACAAUCACGAUUUUCAUGGGAUUGAUUCUUAAACGAUCGAAAAUAAGGGUACAACAGGGCACUAGGACGCUCAUAACCAAGAUACUGUGGUUAAUCGUGACGACGGGAGCAUUGACCACGUUUAUGGCAAUAUGCGUUCUGGUUUUAUUCCUGAUUCUCCCGCCCCAAGUCCUGUAUAUAAUCAUCAUUCUGCUAGGGAAAGUGGAGGCUAUCAGCUACCUUGCUGUUCUCAAUUCCAGAGUUCGGCCAGGGAGCAGUAGAGACGAUGUUCAUAUGCAAUACUCCGCCUUUGCCGUGGCAUCCGCUGGAUUUGAGGCGGAGUGUAACUCAGUCUCUGAGCCACGGCGCUCCAUACAAGUACACAUUCAGCGGCAAGCGACACCACCACUUCCGGUCCUUACAACGUCCAAGUUCCGGGAAGGAAGUACGUUUCCGAAGGAUGAUACAAACACGCAGGCGCUCGAGGCUUGA